AAACAAGUUACAUAAUCAGCUGAUCGUCGUGGCUGUCAUACCGUUACAGCUGAGCCUGGAAGGGAUCGAUGGAUGGGGCAUGGCGCUUAAUUUUCUUGAGCUGAACAGGAUAUGAUUCAACCUCUCGGAGAAGGGAAAAGAAAUCGCGUUUGCAAACAUAAAUAAAAUGACAUAAAAUGGCAAAGAGGUCAAUCCACUGGUUUAGGAAAGGUCUUCGUAUCCACGACAAUCCAUCUUUGAUUGCGGCGUGUGAAAAUGCAGAGGACAUGAAACCAAUCUUCAUCCUUGAUCCAUGGUUUCCUAAAAACGGCAAUGUUGGCAUCAACAGAUGGAGAUUCCUCCUGCAAAGUUUACAAGAUCUGGACACCAAUCUCAAGAAAAUAAAUUCACGGUUGUUUAUUGUCCAAGGGAAGCCAGUAGAUGUACUAGCUGAUCUGUUCAAGAAAUGGAAUAUUACAACCCUUACAUAUGAAGUAGAUACAGAACCUUAUGCAAAGCUUCGCGAUGCAGAAGUCGACAACCUUGCCAGGGAAUGUGGGGUUGAAGUGAUCAAAUGUGUGUCCCAUACCUUGUAUGACACAAAAAGAAUUGUAGAGAAGAAUGGUGGAUCAGCUCCUUUAACCUACAAGAGACUACAGACUGUUGUGUCCAUGUUGGGAUCCCCUCCCAAGCCUGUACCAAUACCUUCCAACUGUAAAACUUCAGUAUCUAAGGAUUAUGACCAGAAGUAUGCGAUUCCAACGCUGGAGGAUCUUGGAAAAGAUGCAAAGGACUGUGGACCAUGUUUGUUUCCUGGAGGCGAGACCGAGGCUUUGAUCAGGCUGGACAGAAUGAUGAAGAAAACGAAUUGGGUGUGUACUUUUGAGAAGCCAAAGACAGAACCAAACUCCCUUGAGCCUAGCACGACCGUCCUCAGUCCGUAUUUGAAGUUUGGCUGUCUGUCACCUAGAACAAUGUAUUACAGACUCGUUGACAUAUAUAAACAAAACAAGAAACACACAGCUCCCCCAGUGUCCCUGGAAGGUCAGCUGCUCUGGCGUGAAUUUUUCUACACAGUUGGGUCAGUUACCCCAAAUUUUGACCAAAUGGUGGACAACCCUAUCUGUAUACAGAUUCCUUGGGAUACUAAUGUAGAGUUCCUGGAGGCGUGGAAACAGGGAAAAACAGGAUUUCCAUUUAUUGAUGCCAUUAUGAACCAACUGAGACAGGAGGGAUGGAUCCAUCACCUGGCCCGACACUCGGUAGCCUGCUUCCUUACCAGAGGCGAUCUGUACGUCAGCUGGGAGGAAGGCAAAAAGGUGUUCGAGGAGUACCUUCUGGAUGCAGACUGGAGUCUAAAUGCUGCCAACUGGAUGUGGCUGUCGGCCUCCUCUUUCUUCUUUCAGUACUUCAGGGUCUAUAGUCCAAUCGCAUUCGGCAAAAAGACAGAUAAAGAUGGCAACUACAUCAGGAAGUAUGUGCCCGUACUGAAGCACAUGCCGACCCAGUAUAUCUACGAGCCGUGGACAGCUCCGCUGAAGGUACAAGAAAAGGCGGGAUGUAUUGUUGGCAGUGAUUACCCCAAACCAAUAGUGGAACACGACAAGAUUCGUCCCAUCAACAUACAACGCAUGGCCACAGCAUACAAGAACAGGCCAGCCAAGAGUGACAGUGGCAAGUCUCAAGGGAAAGGUCAAAAGAGAAAGACUGAACAGACAACACAAGGACCAAAGGGAAAGAAAAGCAAAACAACUGGCAAAAAUUCCAAGAUCACUGACUUCAUAAAAGGUGGAAAUUGAACCGCUAGGUGUCGGAACUUGUAAAGGAGGCGAGGACUUCAGGGAGACUGUGUCAGGAAUUGUAAAGGAGGCAAGGACUUCAGAGAGAAGGUGUCAGAACUUGUAAAGGAGGCGAGGACUUAUUAGAGAGAAGGUGUCAGAACUUGUAAAGGAGGCAAGGACUUUAGAGAGAAAUUGUCAGAACUUGUAAAGGAGGCAAGGACUUCAGAGAGAAGGUGUCAGAACUUGUAAAGAAGGCAAGGACUUCAGAGAGAAGGUGUCAGAACUUGUAAAGGAGGCGAGGAUCUUAGAGAGGGGUGUCAGAACUUGUAAAGAAGGCAAGGACCCAAGCUGAAGGGUGUCAGAGGUUACUUGUAAAAAUGGCAAUGACUUAAGAGUAAAAGUAUCAGAUGUGGUAAAGGUGGCAAAGAUUGGAGUGGUAGGAUGUUAGAAGUAGUAGAGGAGGCAAGAAUUAGUGUCGUAGGGAGUUACUGUACAAGUUGUGAACCGGAUGAAGUGCCUGGUUGCCAGAAGUUACUUGUAAAGGAAUCAAGUACUGAACUGUUAGGGGGUCAGAACUUGUAAACAAGACAAGAACUGAAGUGUUAAGUAUAUGUUAUUGUUGUCUGUUCAAUAAACAUUUAAUAGUUUUGGAAAACAAUA